CCCAAAUGUCUUCACCACUUUCGAUCUCGUACUCCGUGCCUGGUAUCAUUAUCACCUUAUUCUUUUAAUCUCUAGUUUUCUAAUUCAUCCAAUCUUUGCUACCAUCCUGUCGCUGAUCUUGACUGUCGCUGACGACAUUCUCGAUGAAGUGCGUGAUGUCCGGUUAUGAAGUUAUGCUAAUAAACCGGUGAAACCUCGAAAUCUUGAACACACGCGCGCCCUUCACUCACUCUCUCUCUGUGGAAAUCCGACCAUGCCUGGCUCAACUUCUUCCCAUGGCUCCCAUUCACGCACACGGCGGUAAGGAAGACAUCCGAUUGACCCUGCCGAGAUAUCUUCUCGGUGUCACGCCCAACGAGUACUUUACUGACACUGUGUUUUUUGGUCCGCCCAGACGUCCUCACACUCCCACCCGAACGACGAAACGCGACCUCACGGGCACCGUCGGCAACGCAUCAUGGAUCUCCUCCGUCGUCAACCUCCUCAACACCAUCGUCGGGGCCGGCGUGCUCGCGAUGCCCCUGGCCAUGUCGCACAUGGGUAUACUGCUGGGGACGAUCGUCAUAAUAUGGGCCGGGGUGACGGCAGGGUUCGGGCUGUACCUCCAGACGCGGUGCGCCCGCUACCUCGAACGGGGGUCGGCCAGCUUCUUCGCCCUGUCGCAGAUCACGUACCCCAACGCGGCGGUCAUCUUUGACGCCGCCAUCGCCAUCAAGUGCUUCGGCGUCGGGGUCAGCUACCUGAUCAUCAUCGGGGACCUGAUGCCGGGGGUGGUUCGCGGGUUCGCCCACGAGGACAGCCUGAGUCCGUUCAUGUUCGACCGGCACUUUUGGAUCACCGCCUUCAUGCUGGUCGUCAUCCCCUUCUCCUUCCUGCGCCGGCUGGACUCGCUCAAGUACACCUCGGUCGUCGCCUUGAUCUCCAUCGGGUACCUGGUCAUCCUGGUGGUCUACCACUUCGCGAAACACGACACCCUCCCCAACGGACACUACGAGACGCCCCUGCGCGUCUUCAAAUGGGCCGGCAUCGUGCCCACGCUCUCCUCCUUCCCCGUCAUCGUCUUCGCCUACACGUGCCACCAGAACAUGUUCAGUAUCCUCAACGAGAUUGCGGACAAUUCGCACUUCCGCACCACCUCGGUGCUCUGCGCGUCCAACGGCACCGCGGGCUUCAUCUAUAUCCUCGUCGCCAUCACGGGCUACCUGUCCUUUGGAAACGAGAUUGGCGGAAACAUCGUGGCACAAUACGCGCCGGCCGUAUCGAGCACCCUCGGCCAGGCCAUGAUUGUGGUUCUGGUCAUGUUCUCUUACCCGCUUCAGGUCCACCCGUGCCGAGCCAGUCUCGACGCCGUGCUCAAAUGGCGACCGAGCGACAAGUUGAAGGCCAAGCUGCGCUCUGCUUCGGCCACCCCGAGCUCGGUCGACUCCAGUCCGCCGCGAGACGUUCCCCUCUUGCCCGUGGCCAAGAAACGCAACACGGAAAUGAGCGAGACUCGAUUCGCCGCCAUCACGACCGUCAUCGUCAUCUGUAGUUAUAUCGUCGCCAUGACCGUCUCGAGCCUCUCUGCCGUCCUGGCCUACGUGGGAUCGACGGGGAGUACGUCCAUCUCGUUCAUCCUGCCGGGUCUGUUCUACUACAAGAUCUCUUCACCCGACUCGCCGCUCCAUCAACGCCUGCUCAAGGAGGAAGACGACUACGACUACGACGAUUCUGACGGUGCAAAAUCCGACGACGAGAAUGACCGAUCCGAAGCUGGUGGUGGAGGAGAACACCAGACCCUGCUUGCAAACUCUGGCCUGCUCAGUCUGAGUGGUGUGAGCCUGUUGAAGCGGACGAAGAACCUUCGACGGAAAUUGUUGAGGAGGUUGAGUCUCGCCUUGGCCGUUUAUGGUCUUGUGGUUAUGAUUACUUGUUUGAUCAUGAAUACUUUUUUUAUCGUGACUCAUUGAGAUCGAGAUGACAAGAGGAAUGAGGGAAGGGUUGUCUGGAGAUUGUGGAAGGGCGUUGAUUGGGUAUAUGGUACGCCAAAUUUCUUUUUGGACAAUAGAGCCGAGUUUUGGAAAUGUCUCGCAUCAGGCUUGACGAGUCUUCUAAGACGUGUUCUUGAAUAUGUACCUCGGCGUCCUCGAUGGACGCAUCACCUGUUCUAUCUCGACCAAAAGCUGCGGACUAGGCAAGGUUCAGCAAGAGAGAUAUUAUCUCAAUAUCAGGAUAUAUCCGACCAGGAUGGCCCCCCAAGAGGUCCGAAUACUAUUGGUAUAUGGAUCACCUCCGACUCGGCGCAGGACAGGAGAACCGAUCAGACCAUUCUGGACCAUUCUUUUCCUUUUUCUUCAACUUGGAAAGAAAGAAAAGAAAAGUGAAACCAGGGGGAGGAAAUCGCAUCCAACAACAAUAACCACCACAGCAACAAUCAAUUCGUCCCCUCCGUAUCACUCAAUGACCGACUUCUCAAGUACACGUGGUAUGAUUGGAAUCAUCAACAGCAAGCGAUAUUGGCGUCUCUUUUUUUCUUUUAAAAGAGUAAAUUACAGAAGUAUAUAUUUCUUGCCGUCACACCUCCCUUUAUCAGGGACACCUCCCGGAGAACUUCCUUUUUUUUGGAUUGUUGCCUGUCCUUUUACUUUUUGAUUUUGUCUGUGCAUGAGUACUCGGUACGGUUGAGAGUUUCUGCUUUGUGGUAUCGGAGUGCACCGGGGUUUCUACUCUAGAUAUGACGGUGUCGAGGGGGUGCAUUAUUUUUAUCAUCAUCAUCAUCAUAUAUCCAUGAACUUUUUUUGGUACGGGAGUUACGGAGUAAGCAGUCUUGUAUCAUCUACAAACAAACAAACAAGAUAUGAAUGAAAGAGAGAGGGGGAAAAAGAGUCUAGAAGAAUUCACAUGCAUGCAUCCCGAGAAAGGCACGUGGAGGGUUCACUCGAGAGUAAGUCACACAGGGAAUCCGUAGGGAGUACAAGGUAGAAAUUUGUGUAUUGAAUCUCAAGAUCAAAAACAAACGCCACGUACGGGGGA